AUGCACGCCCUCCAUCAGACCCUUCUCCCGCCAUCAUCCAUCCAUCACUCCCUCUUUCUCCCUCACUUCACCCCCUCCACCAUCUACCCUCUCCCCAAACCUUCUUCGGCCUUCGAUACUCAGGACAUCCAAAUUGUUGGCAACCUGAUCGUUGCGGGCGCACAGGUGCUGAGAGUCUUUGAGAUCAGAGAGGAAAAAGUGACUAUCAAAGAAGAGUCUGAGUUUCCGGAGGAGUCAGGAUUGGGUGGAGGGACUGAGGAUGUGCAGAUGGGCGAGUUAGGGGACGGGUUCUUUGACGAUGGUCAUGCAGAUCGUGCUCCUAUCCAGCGCGCAACUGUCAAGAAGUUGCACCUGUUGACGCAGCAUGAACUGCAUGGCACUGUGACGGGCCUAGCACCAUUGCGAACUAUUGAAAGUAGCGCGGAUGGCCUGGAUCGUUUACUUGUUUCAUUCAAGGACGCCAAGAUCGCUCUUCUAGAAUGGUCAAGAGGUGACAUUGCAACAGUGUCUUUGCACACGUACGAGCGAUGCCCUCAAAUGAACACUGGUGAUUUACAAAAUUAUGUGCCAAUGCUUCGCGCCGAUCCGUUGUCACGACUGGCUGUCUUGACCCUCCCUGAGGAUUCCUUGGCGGUGUUACCUGUGGUCCAGGAGCAGUCGGAACUGGAAAUGACAAACGGCUUUGCCAGAGAUGCGCCAUAUUCACCUUCAUUCGUCCUCUCACUAUCCGACGUCUCUGCCAACAUCAAAAACGUACACGAUCUCCUGUUCUUGGCUGGUUUCCACUCGCCUACUCUUGCUCUUCUCUUCUCUCCAUUGUAUACCUGGUCCGGUCGUUAUCAAACGGUGAAGGACAAUUUUUGUCUUCAGAUCCGAACCUUCGACUUGUCCUCUGGCGGCUCAUACCCUUUGCUCACAUCGGUCUCUGGGCUGCCAAGCGAUGCGUUGUACCUGGUAGCUUCUCCAGCAGAGCUCGGCGGCAUUGUGGUCAUCACCAGUACCGGUCUCGUCCAUGUUGAUCAAAGUGGCAGGACAACGUGCGCCAGUGUCAACGGUUGGUGGUCGUAUGUCACCUCGCUGAAACCGCAAUCAUCGCACAACCACCUCAAGAUGGCGCUCGAAGGGUCUAAAUCUGUAUUCGUGGGCCCUUAUGACUUGAUUAUCACUCUUCAGAGUGGUGAUGUCCAUCAGGUUCGGUUUGAAAUGGAGGGACGAGCCGUCGGGUCCAUCUCUGUUGAGGAAAAGUCCUCCAUCGUCCCCCCUCCAUCUAGUUUGACCAAUGCGGGCGAAAAAACUGUGUUUGUUGGGUGUGCAGAGGGCGAUUCUUGGCUUGCCGACGUGAUACGGGAAGAGAUCACACGGGAGAAGAAAGAGGACCCUAGAGAAGAUAUAGAAGUAGAUUGGGAUGAAGAUCUAUACGGUGACAUCAAUGAUCCGGCCUUGGAUCGUGCUUCCGGAGCUCGUCAUGAAGACGGCCCAGCCAAGUUAUCGCUGGCGCCUUCUGAUGUUCUUUCGGCUGUCGGCAAAAUCAUGGACGUCGAAUUUGGCAUCGCUGCUUCGGAUCAAGGGCUGCGUACAUAUCCACAGCUGGUUGCAGUUGCGGGCGGCUCCCGUAACUCGACGUUCAACGUUUUUAGACGCGGAAUACCCAUCACCAAACGACGGAGAUUCAACGAGCUCACGAAUAGUGAGGGCGUCUGGUUCCUCCCUAUUGAUCGUCCAUCGGGGCAGAAAUUCAAAGACAUUCCCGAGUCGGAGCGGGCGACAAUGUUGUUAAGCAGUGAAGGAAGUGCGACGAGGGUCUUUGCACUGUCAACUAAACCAGCCCCUCAGCAGAUCGGACGACUCGAUGGGAAGACUUUGACGGCCGCACCAUUCUUCCAGAGAUCUUGCGUUCUGCGAGUAUCCCCAUCGGAGGUCUCAUUGUUGGAUAACAACGGCAAGGUCAUACAGUAUGUGUCCCCCAAGAGCGACCAGGCGCCUAUCGUCGGUGCCAGUAUCUCUGAUCCUUUCGUGGUGAUACGGAGAGCCGACGACAGUGUCUCAUUCUUUGUGGGCGAUACGGUCGCCAGAACAGUGUCUGAAGUUGCCAUCGCUUCCGAAGGUAAGACAUGUCCUCCAUGCCAAGCCGUCGAAGUGUUCUCGGAUACCACUGGCAUCUAUCGCACCUUCGAGCCGUCCAGAAUGGGCCCAUACGAACAUCUGCAAAGCAACGUGACGGCCAGGGUCAACGGCGCCAAUUCUUCACGCAAUACUCGACAAGCCCAACUCACAGCAGAGCAAAUCAAACAUCUUCAAGAACAGGAACCUGCCAUCACCAUAGACGCGCCAAGCACGGAAGCAGCCAUCAAUUCGUCUCAUGGUACACAGUGGCUUUGUCUCUUGACACGGAAAGGCGAAAUGCAGAUUCUGUCGCUCCCGGAUAUGGCAGUGGUGCUGCAGAGCGAGGGAUUGUCGUCGUCGGCGCCGAGUUUCACUGAUGAUAUUGGAGAGCGAUAUACCGGUGAAGAGAAAGUAGAGGAAGGUGAAGAGGAGGAUGAAAUUAAGCAAAUGGUCUUUUGCCCCAUCGGCAAGAACACUCUCCGCCCGCAUCUACUUGCUUUGCAUCAUUCUGGUCGUCUCAACGCAUAUGAAGCCCAACCUCGUUUCACAGUGGACGCUUCGACACAGUCCCGUCGGUCUCUCGCCGUCCGUUUCAAAAAAGUACAUACCCAGUUACUCCCAAUCUCUGGAGGCGUGAGAACGACGAAUACCGCCGAAACCCGACUGCCGUACUCCAUCAUACCCUUCAGCGAUAUCGAGGGGCUCACUGGAGCGUUUAUCACUGGUGAAAAGCCUCAAUGGGUAAUCUCCACUGAGGCUCAUCCUCUGCGAGCUUUCGCGUUAAAACAAGCUGCCAUGGCGUUUGGAAGAACGACACAUCUGGGCGGCAAAGGAGAAUAUUUCAUUAGAAUUGAAGAUGGUUCAUUCAUUUGCUACCUUCCGCCGACUCUGAACACCGAAUUUGCUAUUCCAUGUGACCGGUACGAAAUGGAGCGAGUCUAUACCCACAUCACAUUCGACCCAACUUCGGCCCACUACGUUGGUGCGUCUUCGAUCGAAGUACCUUUCCAAGCCUACGACGAGGAAGGCGAAAUACAACUCGGCCCUGAAGGAGAAGCUUUGAUACCGCCGACAAAUCAACGCUCCACUCUCGAGCUCUUUUCGCAAGGGUCCCAACCUUGGCGUGUCAUAGACGGCCACGAGUUUGACCAAAAUGAAGAGGUGAUGAGCAUGGAGAGCGUGACCUUGGAAUCCAUCGGAGCUCCUGGGGGGUACAGAGAUUUCAUCGCGGUAGGAACUGGUUUCAACUUUGGCGAGGAUCGAGCGACUAGAGGCAAUACGUAUGUCUUUGAGAUCGUAGAGUCUGCGGGGGCACAAAACUUGCCCGGGUGGAAGCUUCGGCUGAGACACAAGGACCCUGCAAGACAUCCAGUGAACGCGGUCGCAAAUAUCAAUGGAUAUCUGCUGAACACCAACGGGCCGAAGCUAUAUGUCAAAGGGCUGGAUGAUGAUAAGCAACUCAUGGGCCUCGCUUUUCUUGAUGUCCAGCUGUACGCUACGACUCUCAAGGUUUUCAAGAACUUUAUUCUCGUCGGCGACUUGUGCAAGUCCUUCUGGUUUGUCUCUCUGCAGGAAAAUCCCUACAAGUUUUCCACCAUCAGCAAAGACUUACAGGGCGUUUCCGUGGUCACAACGGAUUUCUUGGUGCACGACGGUCAAGUGACUUUUAUCUCGAGUGAUAGAAAUGGUGAUAUAAGGAUGCUGGAGUUUGACCCCACCGACCCAGACUCUCUGAACGGCGAGCGCUUGAUGUUGAAGACGGAGUAUCAUGCUGGCUCCAUUAUCACUGGGUCCAAAGUCAUUGCGAGAAGAAAGACUGCCGAUGAAGAGUUUGCGCCUCAGACGCAGAUUAUAUAUGCGACUGCCGAUGGCGGUCUCACAACCAUGGUCUCCGUCAAGGACGCCCGAUUCAAGCGUCUACAACUUGUGUCUGACCAGCUAGUCCGCAAUGCCCAGCAUGUUGCCGGUCUCAAUCCUCGAGCGUUCCGUACUGUCCGCAACGACCUCCUCCCUCGCCCUCUAUCAAAGGGUAUUCUCGACGGUCAGCUUCUCAAUCACUUUGCUCUGCAGCCGAUAGGGCGCCAGCAAGAGAUGAUGCGGCAAAUUGGCACGGAUGCGGUGACUGUAGCAAGUGAUCUGGCGGCUUUGGGAGGAUUCUGGUGA